AUGACAUUUCGAUAUUCCGAUCCAUUAGUUCAAGUGAUCAUCGUUGGCGUCAUAUGCCUGCUGACCUCCGGCAUGUUCAAUGCCUUGAAUGGUUUGGGAGGAGGAGGUCAAUUAGAUACCCGAGUUGCAUCAAAUGCGAACGUGGCUCUGUAUACUACAUUCUCUAUAGGUGGUUUACUGGCCGGUCCUAUUGUAAAUAAAUUUGGACCAUCAAUCUCCAUGGCUCUUGGAGGUACCACUUAUGCUAUAUAUUCUGGAUCACUUUUAUAUUUUAAUCAUGAACGAGGGGAACUCUUUCCGGUUUUUGCUGGUGCCAUACUUGGUCUUGGUGCCGCUCUUCUCUGGACUGGUCAGGGUGCAAUCAUGUUGUCAUAUCCUUUUGAAGAAAAUAAAGGAAAAUAUAUUGGUCUUUUUUGGAUAAUUUUUAAUUUAGGCGGUGUACUAGGCUCCAUUGUUCCAAUUGCUUUGAACUGGAAUUCCGAAGCGGGCUCUGUGAAUGAUGGGACAUACAUUGGAUUUAUAAUUCUCAUGGGUUUAGGAGCUAUUCUUGCUUUAGUUUUGCUUCCACCAAGCAAGGUGUAUCACGAUAAUGGUCAACACGUUAUCAUUCAGAAAUAUCCCAGAUGGCGAACCGAAGUAUUUGAAGUUCUAAAGCUAUUUUUAAAUUGGAAAAUUCUUCUUCUCUCGCCGAUGUUUAUUGCAAGCAAUUGGUUUUACGCGUAUCAGUUUAACGACGUAAACGCCUUCUAUUUUAACAUUCGUACGCGAGCCUUUAACAAUCUGUGGUAUUGGGCUGCACAAAUUGUCGGAGCCGCGAUAUUUGGUAAAUUCCUCGACAUUAAGGCACUCAGUAGAAGGAACCGUGGACUCAUAGGGCUAUUGAUCCUGGCAAUCACAGUGAUGGCGAUAUGGAUUGGUGGGCUGGUUUUUCAAUUAACUUAUAAACGUGAAGACAAAGUUACUCCGAUGGAUUUAUAUGAUCCUGGAUACUUCCCAAAAUUAUUACUUUAUAUUUUAUAUGGCAUGAAUGAUGCGAUGUAUCAGUGUUAUGCCUAUUGGGUCAUGGGAGCCCUUACCAACGACGCGACUAUUUUAGCGAGAUUUUCCGGCUAUUAUAAAGCCGUCCAAUCGGCAGGAGGAGCUGCGAGUUGGCGGAUAGAUGCUGUUAACACUGGAUUCCUCGAACAAUUGAUUAUAUGUUGGUCGCUUCUGGCAGUUUCGUUACCAUGUACAUUUGCUGUUGUACUUGGAUUAAAGGAAACAAAUUAUGAAGAGAACGAAAAGAAGGACCAAAAUGAACCUAAAGACGCUGAAAAUAGAGGAACAGAUCCUAAGGAUAUAAAUAAUGAAGUU